AUGUUGGAGUCGGUAUUUUUCAGCCCGCGGUCCUAUGACCGGCGGUCUAUGCGGUGGAGACCGCGAGUCAAGCUCUUGUCGCUAAGGCUGCCGGACGAUGAGGAGCCUCAGCCGGCGGUUGGGUGGGGGUUGGCCCAGGAAGGUGGCGGAAAGCACUUCGCUUUCGACCAAUCUCAACAACUUGACUCAUCCAGUUUUCUGGGGCCCCCGAACUUUGUACAUCCUCAAGUCGGGUGGAAGCCGAAGCUUGGACAGGUAUUUCACCAGCUGCGGCAGGUGUCUGCUGCAGCUCCCAGACCGAACAGCGACACCCGAAGAGACGGCUCCCAGACCGAACAGCCGUGGGGCUUGGAAGGUGGUUUAGCUCCUUCUCGACCAGUCAGCCGCUCGCUGAGAGCUUCCCAACGAACUGCUAAUGCAAGCGCUUUGCUGGUACAGCGGCAGGCGCCCAGACUCUCUGGGUACACUCGAGAUGAGCUGCGAAUCGCAGAGUUAGAAAGCCAUGGGCAGCUCAGCCAGGCGGCGCGGGCUGUUUGCCCAGCACGGCUCGUGCGCCAUGCGCGGUAUGCCAGCGAGGACACACGGCCGCGCACGCGAGCCCAGCGAGCUCGAGCCGAGCCAGAGCGAGCAGAGGUCGGUCAGGCGCGUCUCUGGGACUUGAUGGAGAAGAAUGCGCAGAUCUUUCAUCCCAAGAUGCUGCCGAAGAUCCUGGUGCCAGCUGCUGCACUGAGUCCGAGCGAACAGCAAGAUGUUCGUUUGGUUCAGCUCUUGCAGCGGGCGAUGAAGUACUUGGAGCGCGAUGGUCCUCUGGUUCCGGUCGUCGGUGCCAAAGGGGCCUGCUCCAUCGUCAAGGCCUCCCGUCAGUUGCACACCCCAGAGGCACGCAGCUUCUCCUUGAAAUGGCUGGGCGUGAUGUGCGCUCAGGCGCCGUCGUUGGACGCUUCGUUGCUGGCCGAGCUGGCGCAGGAGCUCUUGCGGUUCAAGAUCUUGGAUGAGGAGAUUUGGGAGGCCUUGGCGCGGACCGUGUGCGAGCGGUGCGACGGGCUGGGUGCGGCGGAGGUGGUCCCGCUGUUGGACGCUUUCAAGCGCUCCUACACCUCGUCGAAGGUGGACCGUGCCAUCGUAGCCCUCUGUCAGAGAGCCACGGACUGUUGCGAGGAGUUUUCGCAGCGGCAGUGUGUGGUCGCCGUGGCCUCGCUGUGCCGCCUCUCCCGGGCCGUGCCAGCCACACUUCUGGACCAGGUGAUUCAUCGCUUGCUGGAGACCUGGCUGGCACGAGUGGACGCCUUCUCACGCCAGACCAACGUGAACCAGGUCAUCUCCCUGGCGAUCUCCCUCACAGCCUUGCCCACCAACUCCCCGGUGAGGGCUCGGCAGCUCGCGGGCGCACGGGGCGCGCUGCCGACGGGAAGCGUGGAGAUCUUCCAACAUCGCCUGGCAGGAUGGGCGCACGACUGUGGCGCGCCCGGCGUGGGCGUCCUGUCGCCGGAGGAGCUGAUCCUGGUGCUGUGGGCUCUGAAGGAUCUCACACCCACCGGGCUCUCGGAAUACCAGGAGUUGGUCGGCACCUGCCUUUUGCGAAUCCAAUCGGACACCAACUUUGAGGGAUGGAGCCUGGCAAGGCAAGUGCAGGCCUUGGAGGUACUGCUGGCCUCGAAGCACGCGCGAGUUGCAGGCAGCUCAGCAGACGAGGUGCCGAGCGAGGCCCUGGCGAAGGAGAUCGAAGCGCGCCUGGUCGCCACCAUGACGCAACAGCUGGCCGAGGCCCCGUGUCGCUUGGUGGGCAAGGUGUUGGUCAUCGGGGAACAGGGGGGCCAGGAGUUUUGGCCACGCUGUGCGUCUCUCACGGAGGCUGUGCUCCGCCGCGCGGUGGAUUUGGCCCAUGAUCCGGCUGUGAAGCCUGAUGAGCUGCAGCCAGUGCUGGACACCGUUGCUUCCUCCGCGCUCACACGCAUUCCAGCAUUCCGGGCAGGCUGUGAGGCACUUCGGACGGCCGCCGCGCAGCGGCCGGACGCGCCGUCGCUGGCCUCGGUCUUGAUGCUGCUCCAAAAGGCCACCGCGCCUUCCGAGCCGCAGCCUGAGGAGGAGGCUGAAGAGGUCGAGACCAAGAUGGGAGCUGCAUCAGGCGGCUUUGACGAGGAACGACCGUUGAGCCCAUUGGAGCUGGCGGAGCGCCUUGGACGGCUGGGGAAGGCCAAGAAGGCCAAUCCCACGGAGUUGUCCAUGGUGGCGGACCGCUUCCUGGCCACUGUGGAGAGUCUCAGCAAGGAUGAGCUGCUGCCAGCUUUGUCAAAUGUGCUCCUGGCCGGGCGCUGGCGCAUCCAGCGCGAAGCCUUGCUGCUCGAGGUGGUGGAGCGCCUGGGCGAUCAGGUGGCGAUGCGCUCGCCGGAGCUGACGAGUUUGCAGCUGGUCUCCGCCGUGGAUGUGUUUGCUGACAUGGGCCUGCCAUACCAUUUGGUCUUCGAAGCGGCCUUGUUGGAGCUGUUGCAGAAGAAGCAACCCUUGACAUGGCAGCAGGCCAUCGUCGUGCUCGAGGCCUUUGCCGCGGUGCAGAUCCGCAUCCCCGAGCUGGCUCGCAUCUACCAGCGCUUCCAGCGGCAACAGGAGCUGGCACGGCUGCCGACCAUGGGCAUGGUGCGUUUCCUGGCUGCGGCCACUCAGCUGGAACUCACCGAGAACCGCGAUGUGAAGGAGAUGACGUGCAGGAUUUUGGCCGAGACGUCACCCGAGCGUCCCCUGCCCGUGGUGGAUACAGUCUCACUGAUCGAAAGCUUGUGGCUCUCGGGCAGCGUGUUGCAGGACAUGCAGCUGAGACAUUUGCUCAGCUGGGUUGCGACCCUGCGCCCGCGGGAGCUGUCGGAGCAGAACCUCACCACUCUGCGCAACUACAUCCUCUUCAUCCUGGCUCAGGAAGAUGGAAGCGCACGUUUGAGCUUGCAGAGGAUGCCCGUGGAGAUCCAGACCCGGCUCUCCGAGCUUCUCUGCCAUCCAUCCCCUUGCUGGACCAGGACGCCCAGCGAGGAGACACGGCUCCUGCGCUCCGAGGUGUCGGAGCUGCUUCUGGAAAAGGCGCCCAGCCAUGUGGCCGCGCUGCCGGCGGUGUCGCUGGGCCCGGCGGGGCAGGCGGAUCUAGAGGUCAACCAUGUUGGUUGGCUGCUGGAUGGCCCUGAGGCCUUUUUCCGGCCCUUCACGCCCUUGCGGUACACCCCCCAGGAGAAGCAGAGAGCUUGGCUGCUGGAGACCUUGCUUCGUCGCGACGACAUGAUCAGUGCUGCUGCGUGCAGCCCCAACAGUGAUGUUCCGGAUGCAUCAGAACCACCAGCUGGGCGCCAGGCGGUCGUGGCCGACUUCUUCCCGAAGGCACGGCAGUGGCCCACGCUGCCACGCCUUCAACGGCUCAAUUGGUUGGAGUGGGGCCAAGCAUCGUCUGUCGCUGCCAAGAAGCGAUUGUUGGGCGUCGACGAAGGAUGGUUUUCCGCGGCGGCGAAGGAAGGGCAGCGAAGCCAGGAGGCCACAGCCAGCUGAGGAAGAUGAGUAUGGGGAACUCCACGGCUCCACAGGAACUCAGCCGUGCAAAGCAAGCUCCUCACCAUCAGCUGCUACAUGUGCAGGGUGCAAAGCAAGGUAUUUGUUCUUUAGGCCCAGCUAUUUGAAGCGGAAGAAUUCCACAAUUGCUCCUUUGCCAUGUCGUGAUUGGAGAUGGUGGAACCGGAACUCGGUGGAGCAGUCUUACAAGGCCCAGAUGGGGUUCCAAUAUGUUCUGACGCCGACGAAAAACAACAAACACAAACUCAGAAGGUAUUUCGAAGUGCCACAGCUGUGGUUUCGUUGCUUAUAUAUAUUUAUUUAUUUUUUUUUUUGCAAA